UAGUCGCUCUCACCACUACGCUCCUACACGCGUCGCCACAGCGGACUCCAAACACUGAUUACACUACCAAUCUCCUAAACAUCUUUUGGAUUCCGUCGAGUUAGUGUAGCACUGCAAACCUUGAGUUUCUCUUCUGGAUUGCUUCAUCUCUUGUUCUAGGAGUAGUGCUAAUUGCUAUUGUUGAAUACUGCGAACUUUACUGCAAGGAUUUUUUUUUUCAACCCCCUCUUUGCCGGAUAUAUUCUUUCUCUCACUCACCGUACACUGCUCUGCGGUGGUGGUUAAAAAAAAGGGGAAAAAAAAAGCGACUGAAGUUUUUCAAUUGCUGCUUCCAACUUGACAUUGGUGUUGAAGCAGACGAACCUUAUGGCAUGACCAUCAGCUGAUUCAAUGAAUGCUCUGAGGAAAUAAGUUUUCCACAAACUCUGAGUGAUCAAUCUAUUCAGGGUAUAUGAUUACACCCACGCCAAUAUACUGUUGUUGGUUGGAGAACUGCUUUCUGCAUAUCUGAUGUCAUGGAGGAUGAAUCUGCUAUUCCUGUUUUAGAAGAUGAGGCAAUUCAAUUUGAGUGUCUGCUUGUUGAGCCCCAAGAUGAUCAUGUUUCAGUGGAUGCUUUCUUAUGUUUUCAUAGAAAUAGCCCAGAGAAGUGCAUGGAAAUGGAAGAUAUUCCCUGCAAAUUUGGUGGGGACAAUUUUGGCACUGAUCCUGAGCGGAAACAUCUACUGGGACAAGAACGGGGACUUGAUAUAAAGCACAGUGAAAUUGAGGCUGAAAAUUUUCUAGCACCAAAUGGUCCAUCUAGUGUAUGUGAAGAUUAUCUUCUAGAUGCUGACUUUGGAGAAAAUGGUAAAAAUUUGGAUCAUGAUUCAAGUAUAGAAUUGCAGAAACUAGUAUCAGGAAGUUAUGAUCCAGCGGACAAUGCUGGUGAUAAUGAGACUUCUCAUAAAUCAGAUUUAUCGGGUCCUACUGUUCUGAACAAGUGCAUGGGCGAUCCUGACAUGAAUGACAGCACGUCACAUGAUAUUUUUAGCUGCACUGCUGAUAGUGAAAUGUCGCUUGAGGAGAGGUGGUUCAAAUACCCUACAUUUACUGUUGAAAAUAUGGAGGAAGAUGUUUCAAGCUUGUUUUUGGAAAGCAAUAACAAAACGAUGGGUUGCACUCAUAAUGUUGCAUCAGGAGAAGUGCUUUGCCCUUUGACUGCAAAUCAAGAAACUAAACAUGUCCCGAUGGGCGAAAAUAAAAAUGUGUCUCUUCUAGGGAAGGAUGCAUCACCAUCAAAGAGCCCCAUCCAAGCCAGCAUUGCUACUCAUGCUGAAAAGAGAUUGCGUAAGCCCCCACAGAGGUUCAUUGAUGAACUAUCAGAACCUAAAUCAAGACCUCCCAAAAGAAGAGAGGUUUCCACUCCAUCUUCAAGGGGUAAAUUUCCCCGAGUUGGUUCUCACAAGCAUUGUGAUAUUAAAUCUAGAGCAGAGAGAUUAUCUUCUGAGGACUCUGCAGGAAAAGCUAUCCAAGUGCCAUUCGGUCCUAUUGUUCACAAAGAGGGUCGGACAAGUUGUGCUUUGCCUUUGGUACCGAAAGAGAGUCGGGCAAGUCGUGCUCCUAUUGUAGCAAAGGUGUUACAACUUGAUAAAAAACCUUUGUUACAACCCCAUAAACAAGCUUUUGUACCACGCCAUAAAGAAGCUGUGCUACAACCCCACAAAGAAGCUGUGUUACAACCCCACAAUGAAGCUUCAGUGGAUGAGUCAGAAGAGGAUGAUAUUGCAGAGGUGAAAUUGGGAGAAGAUGGUGGCCGACGGAAGCAUCAUAUUUUAUGGACUGUUUCUGAGGUCAAAAAGUUGAUUGAUGGCGUUUCUGAGUAUGGGGUUGGAAGAUGGAGCCGUAUAAAGAAAGACUUGUUUCCAUCAUCGGCACAUCGUACACCUGUAGAUCUUAAGGACAAAUGGAGAAAUCUUUUAAAAGCAAGCUGUGCUCAAACAGAAGGCAAGAAAGGGGAAGAUAGAAAACGUAAUUUGGCUUGGCGUCCUCUGCCGAAAACCAUCUUACGACGUGUCAGUGAACUUGCCACCAUUCAUCCAUACCCAAGGGACCUGCGGUCCAAGCACUAGUGCUGCUUUACCAUGAUUCUUCCUCCUUUUAGCCUUGUUGGCGCAAACUACUGCUGUUAGAGUUGCAACGGAAGGAUAGUUUGAAAUUGCAUCGGCUUGACCAGCCAUGGAAAGCUGAAACAUUUCUGGCCCCUUUCUCUACUUGUGUAGUUACUUUGUAUGGAGAGACAUCUAGAAACUUGGAACUUGCUAUAUUAUAGCGUGCACAUAGUGACUGCAGUCAUUGCCACUGCUUCUAGAUCUGCAGGAAAACUCAUUAGUUCUGGGGCAAUUAGUUUCGUGAUCUUUCUUUUUAAUCGUCUCUGUAUGAAAGAUUCUAGUGGAUUCAAUUCUUGAAAAUUGGAAUGGAAGUGUUGGAUGAUUGAAAGAAAAA